UUCGGUCGCAGACAACGUUUUCUUCCUUUCUAGUCAGUGAAGUGAAGUCCAGGUCGGAAGGGCGGAGAAUAGGCGUUUCCUCACUCGUGACAAGCGCUGUCCCUCGCCUCGCUUUCCUGCUCCGAGGCCCGGGUUGAUCCGUACAGUCCAUGACCGCUCGGCGCUCGGCGUGCAAGGGGCGGGACCGGCUCGGGAUUGGCUGUAGCGGUCCUAACCCCCUUCGCCGCCCGCCAAUACCUGUGGCCCGCAGGCGCCUGCGCAAUGGGACGACCGUGGGGGGCGGGAAGCGCUUCGCGGCAGCGGAGCCCAUGUCGGCCCUGAGGCGCUCGGGCUACGGCCCCAGUGACGGCCCUUCGUACGGCCGCUACUACGGGCCCGGGGGCGGCGAUGUCCCGGUGCACGUACCUCCGCCUUUAUACCAUCCGCUUCGCCCGGAGCCUCCCCAGCCUGCGGUUUCCUGGCGAGGGCGCGGGGGCGCCCCGGCCGAGACCACCUGGCCGGGAGAAGGCGCAGGUGGUGAUGGCUACUACCCCUCUGGAGGCGCCUGGGCAGAACCGAGCAGAGCUGGAGGAGGCCACCAGGAACAGCCACCAUAUCCUGGUUAUAACUCUAACUACUGGAAUUCUGUGCGACCCAGGGCUCCGUACCCAAGCACAUACCCUAUGAGGCCAGAGUUACAAGGCCAGAGUCUGAAUUCUUACGCAAAUGGAGCAUAUGGCCCACCUUACCCUCCUGGCCCUGCAACAGCAAGUGCUGCCUCUUACUCUGGGGCUUACUACGUACCUGGUUAUACUCAAGGCACUUACUCCACGGACAUUCCUAGCACCUACCGUUCACCUGGUAACAGCCCGACUCCAGUGUCGCGUUGGAUGUAUCCCCAGCAGGACUGUCCGACAGAAGCGCCUCCUCUGCGGGGUCAGGUGCCAGGGUAUCCUGCUUCACAAAACCCUGCAAUGACCUUGCCCCAUUAUCCUUACGGAGAUGGCAACCGCACUGUGCCACAGUCAGGAGCAACUGGACGACCACAAGAUGAUGCAUGGGCUUCUAGUGCUUACGGGAUGGGAGCCCGUUAUCCCUGGCCUUCAGCUGCACCCUCAGCCCCCUCUGGGAACCUGUACAUGACAGAAAGUGCUUCACCAUGGCCCGGUAACAGUUCUCCUCAGCCACCUCCUUCACCUCCACCCCAACAGCCUAAGGACUCCUCAUAUUCCUAUAGCCAAUCGGGUCAAGGCAUGAACCGGCACAGCUUUCCUUGCAGCGUCCGUCAGUAUGAAUCGCCGGGAGCAGUGAACAAUGAUGAAUCAGACCUUUUGGAUUCUCAAGUCCAAUAUAGUGCUGAGCCGCAGUUGUAUGGGAAUACCAGCAGUGAGCAUCCAAGCAACCAAGUUCCCAGUAAUAAUCUCCCUGAAGAGUGUUUCUCUUCAGAUGAAGGCACUCCUCCAAGUAUUAAAAAAAUCAUACAUGUGCUGGAGAAGGUCCAGUAUCUUGAGCAAGAAGUAGAGGAGUUUGUGGGGAAAAAGACAGACAAAGCCUACUGGCUUCUGGAAGAAAUGCUGACAAAGGAACUGUUAGAACUGGAUUCUGUUGAAACUGGGGGCCAGGACUCGGUGCGUCAGGCCAGGAAAGAAGCUGUUUGUAAGAUCCAGGCCAUACUGGAAAAGUUAGAAAAAAAGGGAUUAUGAAAUAAUUCAGAAUGCAAUGGAAGCCUGUUAAUGAUUUGGCCAAAGAACUCUUUAAUUUGGUUAGUUCCCAUCUUUUGAAAUGCCUGUUGUGACAAGAAGCAACACAUUCCAACUUUCUUCUGAGCUAAAACUUGAAAGGAAAAAGAACUGGAAAGCCAGCAGAGGAAUGGAAUUGCAGCAGUGACAAGAUUCUUUUCAGUUUUCAGAUGACUGCACAUAAUAGGAAACUGGAAUUAUCAGUAUUGCCAAGUAGACCUACUCUUUAAGAAACCCACUGGUGUCUGGAGGCUGCUGCUUAUCAGGUCGCAGGAGGGAGAUAGACUUUAUGUAACAGGUUGUCAAAAACCGGAUUUGAGACAAGCAGGCUGUUUUGUAAGCAUCUGAACUGUCACAUUUUUGUGCAUUGUGACUGCAUAUACUUCAUGUGUAUAUUAUAGCUUAGACUCUUGGACCUCUGUUCUGUUUUCUUACCAGCAGGUCACAGAUGUAAUACUAUUCUACUUCUUCGUACAUUUUUGUAGUAAUAUGUUUAAUAUAAUCAAAUAUUGGCAGCCAGAUAGAUGAGCAGUUCUGAAUGAAUUCAUAUCCUUUUACCACUUGAAUAUAUUGCAAUGUGUAGUGGGCUCCUAAAGUCAUUUGUCUCCCUUUCUGUGUAGCAUGUUCCGUUCCGUUCUUCCCACUUCUGCUUUUCAUGAUGGGGAAGGUGACUCUGAAAAUUACAUUAACAUAAGAAUGACAAUGUUUGCCACAUUCUUUGCUUUGUUGUAUUUGGAUAAAGAUCUCUGAAAUUGCCUUUUUAAGAAAAAUAUCUUUUGGCUAUUACUGCUUCUAUAAAGAGCCUUAUGAUAAAAAAGUAGAAACUUAAAUGCCACAGUUAGUAUAAGUAGUGACUGCAAAAAAGUAACAAAUAUGAUUAUUUAAUAACACUGGUCUCCAUUCGGUAGAUCUGUGGGACAGAUCUGAGCUCAGUGUGUAGCUGAUAGAAGGAAAAGAAGGAGAUUCAUGCUCAGGGAAUGAGUCAGCCUUAGCUGAAGUGGAAAAUUAAUUAAUACUUUUAAUUUAAAUUUGGUCUUUAUUUUGUAGGAUAAAUUGCAUAGAAUUGCCUGUUUCAUAAGAAAGAUGUUUAUCAUUAAUAACAGUCAAUUUAGAGCCGAGUUUAAGAAAAGGGGCCUUUUUUGGUUAUCUGUGUAUGUUAUACAGAGACAGGUAAAUAAUUUACCCUUUAAGCCUAAAGUGAGAUCUAGCAUACAGUAUCCGCUUUUGCAACAAAGGCAGUUUCUUAGUAAAAUAUCAAGGUGAUGCUUUCUUCUAGACUAGCCGGCCUUUAUGUUAGUGAUACUAAGCAUAUAGCCAUCCUUCUACUCACAAGAAGCAAACCGAUGCCAACAUACGAUGAGAAGAAAUGUAGUAAGAAUAUUGUCUAGGGGCUGGAGGUGUGGCUCUGUUAGUAGAGUGUUUGCCUACCGUACAUGAAGUCCUAGGCUAAUCCCCAGUGUUGUAUAAACAAGUGUACAUACCUGGCUCAGCACUUGGGAGGUGAACACAAGAAGGCGGCAAGUUUAAGGUCAUCCUUGGCUACAUAAUAAAUUCAAGGCUAGCCUGAGCCAAGUAAGAUCCUGUCUCCAAAAACAAACAGGAUAAGUGAUUCAAGAAGUGAUCAUUUUAUUCCAGGAGUCUGUGGUUUUUAAAAGAUUUUAUUUGGCUGGGUUUGGUGGUGUACACUUUAAAUUCAGGCAGAGGAGGCCGGUAGAUCUCCUGAGUUCAAGGCCAGCCUGGUCUACAGUUCCUGAUCAGCCAAGGCUACAGAAUAAGACAGUAUCAAAUCCACCUCAUCUCAUCUAAGCUUUCUAUCUCUACCAAUCUAUCUACCUAUCUUACCAACCAUCUAUCUAAUCAAUCAUCCGUCUAUGGGGUGUGUGUUUUGUAUUUAUGAAUUUCAUUUCUGAGACAGAAUUUCAUGCCAGGUUGGCCUUAAACUUUUGCAUGCAGCCUAAGACAACCUAGAAGUUCUGGUCCUCCCGCCUCGCUUUGUGUUACACAUGUGGUGCUAGGCAAGCACUGUACUGAGGUAUAGCUGUAGCCCUGAUUCUCUUAUAUAGGAUAUAUACAUAAAAGAAUAUAUAAAUGUUUUUAAAAGGUUUUUUAAGCUGGAUUAGUGGCACACACCUGUCACUCCAGCAUUCAGAGGCAGAGGCAGGUAGAUAGAUCUCUGAAUUUGAGACCAUCUUGGUCUUCAUAGUGCUAGACUAGCCAGGAGUGAGAUCUAACUACCCCUCAAACAGUUCUCUAUAAAAGUUUGACAGCUAUACUUAAAAGUUUAAGAGGAGAAACCUUAAAGCUGUGUUGCCACUGAGACAGUGAUAGAUUCAGAAGAAAACAUGUCUGCUUAACUUACGCUGCCCAAGAUGCCAAUUAAUUCAUUUGUGUAUAGGUACAGGUUAUGCACAAAUGUAUAUAUAUGUGUAUAUACCUUAAGUUAUUUUUUGAACUACUAACAUGAUUUUAAGCUUACAGAGGAGUUGUAAAAAUAGCAUUCCUGCGUAUCCUUCGUUCACCUUCUCUUUGUUUGACAUCAUCUCUGAUGAAAACAUUUGUCAAAAUUAAGAGUUAAUAGUGCUAUAAUAGUAGCCGAAGUGGCCAGCUAGCAGUAGAUGCUUUAUCUUUUCAGUAGCAUCCUUUUAACCAUUCAGAGCCUAUUUUGCAUUUGGUUGUCUGUCUCAGUAGCCUCUCGCUCUGUGCCAUUAUACCAUGAGGAUAGCGAGUGUUGUCAUGUGUUUCUGGAGUGGUUCACAUCGAGCACUCUUCUAAAGUGGUGUCUGCUAGGAUCCUCUGCUGUAAGCUUUUCCCCUGCUUCCCUUUGUAAUUACUAAGUAUUUGCUAGAGACACUUUGAGACUAUGCAAACGUCCUGUUUCUGCUUAGUUUGCCUUUGACUAUCUCCUGGCCGAUCUUGCUUGUGGCAUUUACUACUGUGGUGUUUAAAUGGUGAUUUUCUAUUCUCAUUUCUUCUAUAUUUAAUAAUUGAAAUUCUUGAAGGGACUGUGGUUUAUGGAUUUAUAUUUUUAAUUAUAACAAGAUAUUCAGGAUAGGUAUAAACUCAGAACUUAAAGAUAUAAAUUAUGUUAAUUGAUUCCAGUGGCCAGUAUCAAAGAAAAAAAAGCAACAUUUGUGACCUGUCUUUGAAAAUGUAAUCAAUUUAAGGAGGAAACUAGUAUUUAUGAUUUGUAAAUUUUGUUAGACUUUUGACUUGAACUUGAUUUGAAACUGAAACAAUUUUCUUUUGAAAUUCACAUCUAGACUUUUUUAAGGUGUCUAAAUUUAUAUUACUUUGGGGGUCAUUUUUGUCAAAAUCUUGAAUAAAGUUACCUACACCUGGCAUGAUAAA